AAAAAUCAGGUGGGACGCAGCUGAAGUUGGUGAUGUCAUUUCCUAAUUAUGGACAGGCGCUCUUCAAACCCAUGAAACAGGAACGGCAUGAGGAGACCAAUGUGAAUCUAUAUUACUUUUCUGACUUUGAGAGGCACAAUGCUGAGAUCGCAGCCUUCCAUCUGGACAAGAUACUGGGUUUCAGAAGGGUGCCUCCAGUGGUUGGGAGGCUUGUUAAUGUAAUAAAAGAGAUCAAAGACAUCACCACCGACCAUAAACUGGUCACAACAUUUUUCACUUCUCCAGUGGGGAAUGCAUGUUUUUAUGGCCAGUGUUCCUAUUACUGCUCCACAGAGCAUGCUAUCUGUGGCCGUCCCCUCAAGAUAGAGGGGUCUAUGGCUGCUAUGUUGCCAGACCUGAGUUUUGCACCACGUCGCUCAUGGAGGAGUCCCUGGAGGCGGUCCUACAGCCGAAGCAAGCUGGCUCAGUGGGUGGAGAGUGUGUUGUUUAAAAAAUGGGAGAUGGACUCCAACUACUGUGACUCCAUAAAAACGACUCCUCCCUAUGACCGAGGCACUCGAUUGGUGGAUCUGAUCGACAUGAGCAUUCUGGACUUUCUAAUGAGUAACAUGGACAGGCACCACUAUGAAACGUUUGAGAAGUUUGGCAAUGACACAUUUCUCAUACACUUCGACAAUGGAAGAGCGUUUGGACGUCAUUCUAAUGAUGAACCAUCUAUAUUGGCUCCUCUUGUGCAGUGCUGCAGGGUCCGUCGUUCCACAUUGCUUCGUUUACACCUGCUAUCUCUCCAGUCGUAUCGGAUGAGUGAUGUCAUGCGUGCAUCUUUGUCUCAGGACCCCCUUGCAGUGGUGGCCCCACUCCUCACUGAACAACAUCUUUCCGCUUUAGAUCGUCGCCUAGAAACAGUCAUUAAAACCAUUCAUGACUGUCUACAGCAGCAUCAACAUCACAGUGAUGUCAUACAUGACGACAUCGGCGAUUACCCUGGGGCUUGAUGUGAUAUUAUUUAGAUCAAAUACAGCUGUGCCUCCAAUUGGGCUAUAUCAAUGCAAUGGCUCAUCAACUGUAUUGUGACAUAUGUCAAAUUCAUGGGUCCAUAACUUCAAAAUGGUACAGUAAACAUGAAUAUUAGCAUGCUGAUAGACAAGCACACUGGAUACCAGGGGCGAUUGUAGGAUUUUCAUUUAAGGGGGGCUCAGCCCCCAAUGAGGGUAUAAUAGUACAACAUACAAAUAAGUAAAUAAAAUAAAAUAAAUCUUUGACUAAUAGGGUAGGUUGGAAUACUAAACUUAUUGCAGUAUUCCACUGUAUUGCAUAGAUGGGUAUAACAUUUGAGUACUGAAUAAGCCAAAUACAAGUCUUCCUGAAUCCUGAUAUUCUUUAGCUUGGGUAAACAAAUCAUUCUUGCUUGGUUGGAAUAGCAGCUACAGUAAUUAUGUCUCUAUUUGGUUCUGAUUGACAUCCCGUGGUAACUAGGAAUUGGAUCCAGA